CCGAUUAUUCAGGUCUGUUAUCAAAAUGGCGGCAACCACAGCAACGAAUCCUUCGCAGCUUUUACCACUCGAACUGGUGGAUAAAUGCAUUGGCUCUCGUAUUCACAUCGUUAUGAAGAACGAUAAAGAGAUUGUGGGAACUCUGCUUGGGUUUGAUGACUUUGUCAACAUGGUCCUUGAGGAUGUGACAGAAUUUGAAAUCACACCAGAGGGAAGAAGAAUCACAAAAUUGGAUCAGAUUCUGCUUAAUGGCAAUAACAUCACAAUGCUGAUUCCAGGAGGAGAAGGACCAGAAGUUUGAAAAAUGUGUAGUGACUUUUCAAAAGUAUACAUUUUAAGUUUUCAUUCUCUGAAAGAAACAUCAUGUCUGGUUUUCAAAGAUAUGUUUGUUUUUCACAUUAGUUCUUUUAUUACUUAACCCAUCUAAAACAUUUUUGUAAACAUUUGUUUCAUGUUACAAUAAAACAAAUACAAUGAAUCAGUGUUGGAAUUAAUUUUAAGUUGUAACAAAAUUUGGUAUGAUAUGUUAUGAAAGUGAGGAUAAAGAAACAGGAUAUUUUGUGAAAUCAUCGUUGCUUUUAUUGUGGUUGUUUGCUUUAAUAACACGUCCUGUUUGUAAAUUUGUUGGUCAGUUUUGCUGAUUUAUUUUUUGUAUAUGCUGAAAUAAAUGCAAAUUGAGCUGUA